AUGUCCGCCCAAGAAGAAUUUAACCAGCUCAUCAACGGUAACCGUUCACAUUUCACCUCCCACCCAGAAGACCACGACCACGACUCAGACCCCCACUACUCCGACAACGAACCCUCCUCCCGCCUCCGCUCCGGUCAAACACUUGACUCCUCCGACGAAGAAGACGCAGACAUGGUCUCCUCUCGCGCCGCCAACGCAAAUUAUCACAUCCCUAACACCGUCUAUGAAGCCAACACAGGUCCAAAGGGCGUCAUCGCCGACGCCCAGGCCUUCGAGCGGGCCCGAAAGAAGUCCUUCCGUCGCACUCUCAGCCUCGCGGGGCCAGACUCCAACAUCCCCUCCCUUGGGUCAAAGUCUACUCUCGAUGACGCACCCCUCGCACCCGGCGACCAUUCCUCUGCUAGCGAGGACGAUGACGAAGCCCGCUUCAUGCAACAGUGGCGCCAGUCGCGCAUGCAUGAGCUGCAGGAUUGGAAUAGUCGUCGCCCCAGUCCGCGGGGGAGACGGUUUGGUUCGGUUGAGACGGUAGAUGCGGUGGGGUACCUGGAUGCUAUUGAGAAGGUGACGUCGGACACGGUUGUUGUUGUCUGCAUCUAUGAUCACGAGAUUGAUGACAGCGCGAUCGUUGAGGACUGUCUCGUUACGGUCGCUCGCAGACAACCUACGACCCGCUUCGUGAAGAUGCACCAUGAUAUUGCGGAGAUGGAUCAUAUCCAGGCCCCCGCUCUGUUGGCAUACCGUGACGGCGAUGUCUUUGCUACGAUCGUCGAUAUCUUGCGUAGCAUUCCUCGCGGCCGUAGCUGCAGUGCUGAGAGUCUCGAGGACUUGUUGAAGCUACACCGUGUGCUGUGA